AUGGUACAGUUUCACCCAAACAACAGUAGGAAUUCUCGGAAUGAAAGUUAUAGUUACACUGGAUGGAAUAGCAUGAAGACGUUAACAAAUAAGGAUCUGGUUGAGAAAAAGAGUAAUCCUACAAAUUAUCUCUUUUAUUUCCACCCUGAAUACAAGCAGAAGCUCACCCUGUUCAGUUUGCAUCUCCCCUUUCUCUCUGGGGCUUUAUUUGCCAAGAACACACAUUCUGUUGAGAUAAUAAGCAUAGACUUGGGGCUUACCGUUCUGAAAGAAGUGGACUUCCAAACUCAAAAGCAGGCAGUUCGAGUUCCUUUAGGUUCUGCUGAAAAGUCUUUACUAGCUAUGCCACCUCAUCAAUCUAAUGAAAGUUUUCGGAAAGUUUAUGAAGUGGUGCUGAUAUUGGAUGAUCGAGAUACUUUCGGGCCCCGUUCCAGAAGAAAAGUUGUUGAUAAUAUACGCUCGCAGUUUAAUAUUCCUGUAGAGAUUAAACACUUGCUUGUUGGAGAUGCUCUUUGGAUUGCUCGCCAUAAAGAACUUGACACGGAGUAUGUUCUUGAUUUCAUUGUUGAAAGGAAAAAUGUGGAUGAUUUACUUGGCUCAAUUAAAGACAACAGAUACAAGGAUCAAAAACUAAGACUGAAGAAAUGUGGGCUAAGGAAGCUAAUAUAUCUAGUUGAAGGAGAUGUAAACACUGUAGAUGGAUCAGAGAGCGUUAAAACAGCCUGCUUCACUACUGAGGUUCUUGAAGGAUUUGAUGUCCAAAGAACCACUGGGUAUGCUGAUACCGAAAAGAAAUAUGGCCACUUCACACGCUCGAUAAUUGGCUACUACAGCAGAAACUUCUCUGCUGGUGCUGACAGCUCUCGAGUUUGCCUGACUUAUGAUGAGUUUGUGAAAAGGUGUUCUAACCUUGAGAAGGUCACUAUGAGCGACAUAUUCGCCCUUCAGCUUAUGCAGGUGCCACAAGUGACAGAAGAAGCUGCUCUUGCUGUCACGAGUCUCUACCCCACUCUUCCCUCACUUGCUAAGGCGUACACCAUGCUUGAUGGCGAUAGGCAUGCCCAGGAGGAGAUGCUGAAGAACAAGAGCGACAUGGUCAACGCGGGGGCUAGCAAGAACAUCUUCAAGCUCAUCGGGGUGGAAGGAUGA